AUGGAUGAAGAUUUAGAUAAAGAAAUAGCAGCAUAUUCCUUACAAAACUCCUCAGAAGCAUUGCUUUCUAUUCAGCUACUAGAUUUCAAAACAACUUUUCUGGAGGCAGUAGAAGAACUGCGUAUGAGAAGGGAUUCAGAAAACCAUUAUGAGAAACAAAUUAGCAGGCAUGUUGCUGAAAGACAGGACCUUGUGUGGCAAAAGGAAACUGUUCAUCAUGAGAAAGAAGCAUUAAAGAAGCAGCAUGAAGAAGCCAUUACAACUUUAAAAAAACAGUUUCAGGCAAAAAUUAUUGCUAUGGAAGAAGAAAAGGGAAAACAUCUGCUUGCCGUGGAAUCAAAAGAAAGAGAAAUGGAAGGAUUGAAAGAAACAUUUAAAAAAUUACAGAUUUCAAAAUACACUUUGCAAAAGAAGCUUAAUGAAAUGGAGCAUAAGAUGCAGUUGCACAGUUCAGCAAAGGAAGAUCAUCAGAAAAGACUGAAUGAAUUUGAAAAAUGCCAUGCAGUUAUAAUGAAUCAAUUUGAAAUAAUAAAAGGUGCUCAUGGGAAAUUAGAGAAAAAUGUUGUGGAAGCAAUUCAACUCAAUAAGAACUUGUCAGCAGUCAAUACAAGACAAGAGUCUGAGAUAAAUAACCUAAAAAAGGAACUAAAGAGAGUUACAUCAGAUGUGAUAAAGUCCAAGGUCACUUGUCAGUAUAAAGUGGGAGAAGAUCUCAGUCUAAAGGCAAAGGAACAGGAGCUACAAAUACUACGGCAAAAAAAUUCAGUGGAAGCAGAUUUAAAUGGCAAAAUCACUGAAGAAAUUGGAAAACUUAAAGAAGAGAAACAGGAGAUUCUGGCUUCUCUACAACAUAUGCAGCAACUGCUUUGCAGACAGACUGAAAGAAAUACCAGAAUUGAAGUGGAGUUGAAUAAACUAAAAGAAGAAUAUCAGACCCUUGAAAGAGAUAAUGAGCUGCAAAGGGAGAAUGCAAAAGAAAAUGAAGAAAAGUUCUUUAAUCUUCUGAAUGAAUAUGAGAAAGCACAAGCAACUUGGAAAAAUGAGGCAGAAAGCAUAUCUAACGAAAAUCAAAUCCAUAAAGACCAAAAAGAUGAAAAGUAUACACAAACGUUUAAUGAUUGUGAACUAAAAGAAAAUGGAAUAAACAAUAAUCUGCAGACAGACUGUGGUAUAAACAUAGAGAAAGAGCAUUCAGAAUGUUUUGAAGUCAGGAUUAUUACAAAAAUUGUUUCUUCAGUUAAGAUUGUGGAAUUUGUCAAGGAUGCCCUUUAUCUUUUUAAUACUAUAUUUGAUAUUGCAAUUGUUAGUCUGUCUUUUCAGGCAAUUGAAUGA